GCGCCACGUACAUGUGACUUCAACGUUAAACUGCUUCGACCUCCUGCCUGCAUGAUUGAUCAACUGCAUCUCAUAGAUACCGUUGUCUUCCACCUGUGCAUUUCUGACUACCAGAUGGCGGCCAUGAAGCGCGAAAAUGCGGGGUCGAACCGACUGACCAACGGAAGCAGGGUCAUCAGGCCAAGCCGCAAUGAACUUUCCGCGACCACCGACAGAUAA